AAUGGCGGCGCGCAUGGCGCUGGGUGCGGCGUGCAGGCGCCUCUGGCAGGGUUCAAGAGAUUUUUCCGUAAAUAGCUCCAAGAGCAGGAUUGCCAGAAACGAUGGCUUUGUUCUCACCUCCAGCAUGAAGUGGGUGCAGUUUUCAAACCUGCACAUCGAUGUGCCCAAGGAAUUGACAAAGCCCACGAUCACUGUAACAGAUGAGCCAGACACGUUAUACAAGCGCCUGUCAGUCUUAGUGAAAGGCCACGAUAGGGCUGUAUUAGACAGCUACGAGUAUUUCGCUGUGCUUGCUGCUAAAGAGCUUGGGAUCUCUGUUAAAGUGCAUGAACCACCAAGGAAGAUAGAGAGACUUACUCUUCUAAAGUCAGUGCAUAUUUUCAAGAAACAUAGAGUUCAGUAUGAAAUGAGAACACUAUAUAGAUGUUUAGAGUUAGAACACCUAACUGGAAGCACAGCCGAUGUCUACUUGGAAUAUAUUCAGCGCAAUCUUCCUGAAGGCAUUGCUAUGGAAGUUACAAAGACAAAACUAGAAAAGUUACCAGAACACAUUAAGAAACCAAUCUGGGAAACAACACCCAAAGGAAAAGAAGAGAACAAAUCAUAAGUGUCACGAGAUCCCCGUGCUGGUUCUGAAUGAGAACGGGCCAGGCACCUCCAGAGCGAGCUUGGAACUAAUGAGCUCCCAGCUGCCCCUGCAUAUUUCUUGA